AUGGUCGGCAAACUCAAGACUUCACUUACCAAUGUACUCAAUAAUUCUGCUGAUGAAUUGAGUACAUCGGCUACAUUGUUGUCAAGGCUACAUGAUGGAUUUCAAGUUAAACAACAUCAACCAUCAUCACCACCUACACAUACACAGACUCAGACUCAGACACAGGCGACCGUCACAGCUCCAAUGCUCAGUCCAACUCACAACAAGAGUCCAAAUGAGAUGUCAUUCAUGGGAAUGCUUCAACAGUAUCAGUUACAACAUCAACUACAUGGUCAACAACAACAUCACAACCAUGCCAAGAUGGAGAUGAUGGACCACCACAACCACCAACAACACCAUGCAACCUCUGGAAACAACAACCAGGAUGAUGAUGAUGAUCAGCAGGAAGAGGUGAUCAUCGGAUCAAGCAAUGAUAUACCUUCAAUAUCAAAUGUUCUAUCGAAUAUGGGCAGUAGUGGUGGCAGCAACACGUCAAUUGGCUCACUGGGCUCAUUGUCCUCGCAUCAUCCUCACCAUCUUGGUCAUCACAGCAACAUCAACAAUAACAAUCAUCAUCUGUUCAAUCAACAACAUGACGUCACUGCUGGUGGCAACAACAUGCCCUAUCUACCACAGUCACUUCUUCAACACAGUCCAUCAGUGGAGAAUAUGUUGAACAUUGAGGGUAUCCUGCUGGCCAAGCCACCACCAUCUCUUGGAUCGCCCACUCAUGCGCCGUCCUCGCCAUUCAUCUCUUCGACACCAUCGACGCCACACUCUGAUGCUAACCCGACCAGUGGUGGCGGUUCAAAGACGUCAAGUGCUCAACCAGACAGUGGCGCUACAUCCUUUCAAACAUGUUCGCAUCCAUCACAUGAGACCUGGUGGGGCACCAGCAGGGAGCAACCUUCAUCCGAGUUUUACAAUCGUUCCUACAAGUGCAAGAAGUGUUACAUCAAGCAACAGACAGAGAGCAAGAAGCUGAGGCAAAAGCAACAGCAACAAGGUGGUGGUGGACAAUCAAGCUCAUCAACAACAUCGACACCAACGUCAUCAACAUCAUCAUCAUCAUCUUCAAGACGUAGUUCCUCCAAGUCUUCAAAGAAAUCAAAGUCUUCAAAGUCGUCAGACCAGUCUCAGCCCCAGGCCCAGACUCAGACUCAGACCCAACAGUCACUUCAAUUUGAACUGCCACAGCCAUCAUCAUUGUCUGGACAACCACAAUUCCCAACACUGCAGUACCAUCAACAUCAACAACAACUUCAACUACAUGAUCAGCUAAUGUCAUCGAUAUCUGAUCCAAGCGACUCGACUUCACCAUCAACAAAGAAACAAUCAAAGAGGAAACAGAAAGAGGAGCUUGAGAAGCGUAAACUGCAACAGGCCAUGUUGUUGCAGCAGCAGUACCAUCUUCAGAUUCAACAGCAACAACAGCAGCAACAACAGAUAAUUCAACAGCAGCAACAGCAACAACAUGUUCAGCUUCUUCUCGAGGCUGGCUCAUCACCAACACUCUCAUCCUACAAUCAUCAACAUCACAACCGACAUGCACCUGCCUCUGUGUCGUCCCCAUUGGUAUAUAGCAAUGGAUCAUCACCUACAAUGUUGUCAGUCAAUGGCAAUGGAAAUGGUAUUGGCAUUGGCAAUGGCAUUGGCCAUCAUCAUCAUAUCCUUCAUCAACAUCACAACGACAACAACAACAACAACAAUGACAUAGACAACGAAGAACACAACCGAAAGAACACACUCAGCAAGUCUGAAGUCGAUAGACGAGUCGACUACUUUCAUAGGAUAUGCCAGCAAUAUAAUUCACUUGUCCAGCCAAAUCACAUCAUCAAUUGUAAUAUGACGGGUAAAUUGGACAGUUACCACGGCACCUGCGACAUUCAAGGACAUUUGAAUGGACCUGGAUUCAACAUUGGCGUCUCGAUCGAAGGAAAGAAAUACAGGGGCAUGGUGUUUGAGGAUAUGAAGAGCUCACAUUCCUCUCACAGCAUCGUCCCGUCACACAUGCUCUCACUGGCCGAUGUCGUUCAACUCAAUCAACAACACUCCCCAACCAAUGCCAAUGGCAAUGGUCAUGGACAUGGACAUGGACAUGGCAACACUCACAAUGACCAUGGCGCUGGCACUGGUGGUGGAUACUUCCAACAACAACUGCUUAGACAACAACUACAACAACAUGAAGACAGUCAAGAUUCAUUCACUCUUUACAUGCAACAAUAUCAACAUCAACAGCAACAACUACAACUGUUACAACAACUUCAGCAACAGCAGCAGCAUCAACAACAACAGACAUCAACGACAUCAUCAUCACAUCCAUCCAAGAAGCUAAAGGUCAACCCGAACUCAUGA